AUGGCCCACAUGUCACAGCAGCUACAUGAGCUUGAGAGAUCCAUGGAACAGGCUCAUUUUGACCGGGACGAUAUCUUUUUCGUGACCAGAAUGAUCCAUGGUAAUAUUCUCGCCGCGGACACAAUGAGGGCCAACUUCGACAUCGGACCCAAUAAAACCCUACCUUUGGAUACGGCUACACAAAUGAAAAAUCAGACACCCAGUUCCUCGGAAUCUUUGAGGCGUUUUUAUCAAUCAGCUGACGCCUGCCGCCAACGAAAUGUCAGCGUCUUAUCGAAGCAGCGUGCAUCCACAGAAGACCCCCAUUUGAGAGAUCUCGCCGAAGCUUUGCAGAUCAUGCUCGCUUUUCCCCCUGUUCAAGCGAUACUUGCAGAGGAGACAGAUCACCCUCUAGAUCUGUCUAACGCCAGCGAUACUCAUGGACGAAAGUACUACCUGGACAAAGUAGGCGAUUCGCUGAUGGUAGUGCCAAUCGUUGGUUGGGGACUGGACUUGGACGCCUAUGCCGUUCGCAAGGGCAUCGAGGCUCUCCGUGCCUGGGAUCCAACAUUCUAUAGCCAAGGUUUCAAACGGCAUGGAGAGGAUCAACCCGAAGACGAGACUGAAGAGGAAGCCGGCAGCGAUGACAUCCUUGGUGACGACAGUGGAAUUGACUGUGGCGAUGGUAUGGAAGAUGAUGACAACGAAGACGGGUAUGACGAUGAGCUUGAAUUCGAGGGUGAGGAUGAAGAUACCGAAGAGGUACACGCGGAGGAGGGCACAGGGGAAGAUGCAAACAUGACGGCAGCAGAGAUGUAG